AUGGACCUUUUCCUUUCCAUUUUCCCCCUCCCCAAUCUCAGAGCUUCGGCACCCCGUUCCCCCGUUAGCCACCCAAAGCACCCGUCGCUGCUGGCCUUCCUUUCCCCCCACCAUUUCCCUCUUACUUUCUCUUAUUUGAAAAAUUUCAGAUCUGUAAAAAGUUUUGAAUAUUGAGCUCUCGGCAAGCGGCGGACGUGAGAAAGUGCUAUUUGAUCUAUUUUUUCCCUUUUUACAUUUAAUUUAAAAUUAAUCAGAUAUUUAUUUUUUCGAAAUUUAAAUAACUAACUAAAAUCUUACAAAAUUCUUCCCACCCCCUGUAAUUUUCAACCCGGGUGCUUUUGCUCGUUUAAAACUUCCUCUCUUGUUCGUACUUCUUUCUUUUAAUCCAUACAAAGUCUCCAUUGCAGUAGGGUUUUCGAAAAAGCUCGUGAGAAUGUGGGCCUGGGGCUGGAAACAACUCUUCCACUGCGUCUUCUAACCAAACUAUCACCACUUGCAGCUCUGCAGCGAUCACGAACGAUCUAUUCAGUCCAACCAAAGAGAUCAUUAUAAGGUGGAGCUCGGAAAUGACGCAUUCCCCAAACAUCUUUUCCUUUUUACCAAUAUCACUCCCAUAAACCAAUAAGUAUACACGGUUCUUAGGAGAGGGUUUCACUUUGUUGUUGUAGUAUCUCUACGGUAUAUAAUAUUGUUGACUGACCAUCCUUAAUGAGGCUGUACUGCUAUUUUACCUGAAUUGAAUUUGAUUGUCUUCUUAUUAGAAAAGAAGAAACUAUCAUGGCAGCUUCUAUCACCACCAAAGAAUGCCUAAGACAUAAAUGCUCUGCAUGCUACAAGCAAUAUAAGAAGAAAGAGCAUCUUAUUGAGCACAUGAGAGUUUCGUAUCACUCUGUUCAUCAGCCUAGAUGUGGGGUCUGCCAAAAGCACUGCAAAUCAUUUGAAUCAUUGAGGGAACAUCUAAAUGGUCCACUUUCAAAAUCAAAUUGUUCAAAAAUUUUCUUGGAGCAAGGUUGUGGGCUUUGUUUGAGAGUACUUGAUGAUCGCACAUCUCUCAGUGGGCAUCAAGACAUUUGCCGCUUAACAGCUCCUGUUCGCCAAGGAACAAGUCUAUUGCCAACUGAUUUAUCAGAUUGUUAUGAUGAAGACCGUUCUGAUCGAGGCCUUGGAGCAAUAGCUAUGGAUUGUGUAAUGGCUGGCGGUGGAAGUGAUGGCACACUGGACAUUUGUAUUGGGAUCUGCCUUGUUGAUGAAGACGAGAAAUUGAUUUUCAAUACUUUUGUACAACCACAAAUACCAAUUGCGAAUUACAGGCAUGAAGUAACUGGGCUAACGGAAGAACGUGUAAGGUAUGCCAUGCCACUGAAAGAAGUCCAAGAAAAAGUAUUAAAAAUCUUGUUAAAUGGAGAAACCAUCGAGAGAUUGAGAGUGAAUGGUGGUAAAGCUAGGCUUCUUGUCGGCCAUGACUUGGAGCAUGAUUUAGAUUGCUUGAGAAUGAAUUAUCCUGAUCAUAUGUUAAGGGACACUGCUAGAUAUACUCCAUUGAUGAAAACAAAUUUGGUUAGCCAUUCUCUCAAGUACCUUACUCGAACAUAUUUGGGGUAUGAUAUUCGGCAGGGUGUGCACGACCCCUAUGAAAAUUGUGUAUCAGCGAUGCGAUUGUACAAGAGAAUGCGCAGUCUUAAUCAUCAUGGACAAGUUAGGACACCGUUGAUUGCUCCUCCCCUUGAUCAGUAUGUUUCUCACAGUCUUGAUUCCUAUAGUGCAAAAGAUCUUGAGAAGAUGACUCCAGAUAUGCUUUAUGAGUUAUCGAGAUCGAACUUUAAGUGUUGGUGUCUUGACUCGAGAUCAGUAAUGCAGACUUAGGAUCAGAUCAUUUUCAUUUUCUGCUGGGAAGAAAAGGCAUAGACAGUACUCAUAUUGAUGGGGAGAGGUGAGGUUGUUGGAUGAUGAAAAAGGGGGAAAUGAGAAGGGAAGGUUGACCUGCUCUUUUGUAUCUAUCUAGCCUUUCAAGACUUGAAACGAUUAAAAUGCACCUGUUCUAUCGUAUAUUGGCGUCUUGCCAAUUUAUGGUUGUGUUUUAGGUCUCUGUUGGUGUUUGUUUCUUGAUACAGACGUGUAUUGGAAUGGAACGGACUUUAGAGGCAUCUUUAGAAGUGUUAAAUCAAAUAUGAAAAUGAUUAAAUAUUAUUUACACUUUUCUUCGAGGG